UUCAUUUUCAUUCGUUCUUCGUUGUUUUUUUACAUUUGUGCAUUGCGUAGCAAUUUAAUAAUUGUUAAUUAGACUAAAUAAAAAUAGUUUAAGUGGUUGUAGUGUGCAUGUUAUUUUUAUGCAUCAACGAAAGUUACUGAGAAAAACAGCAUAAUGGGGUUCAAUAUAUAUUUCGAAAAUCUAUUAGUACCCAAUACAGAUUGCAAUACUUUGUCACAAUUGAUCGGUGAAGUUUCGCAAAAAUAUGGUGUCCCUAUCGAUGAUUUAUACGUGACUAUAAAUGGAAAGAGAGUUACAGAAGACUUGGAACUGGAAAACAUUAACAAUGUUGUUCGCUUAUCAUCCAAACUCAUCGGGGGGAAAGGCGGAUUCGGUUCCAUGUUACGUGCUAUUGGUGCACAAAUUGAGAAAACCACUAACCGUGAAGCAUGUCGCGACCUCUCCGGACGGCGAUUACGUGACAUUAACGAAGAAAAACGUCUUAGAAAGUGGUUAGAGGGGCAGGAGGAGCGCGAGAGGGAAGCGGCUGACCGCAAACAAAAGAAAUUAGAACGACUUAUUGCUGAACCGAAGAUAGACGUGAAGAUCAAUCCGGAAUACGAGAAAGAGCGCCGAGCAUUACCAGACCGCGUCAGCGCCGCGGUAGACGCCGGCUGGCAAACCGCGAGUACUUCAGACAAUAGUCUGAAAAGGAAGGCGGAGAUUGAGAAAUCUAAAGCUAAAAAGAAGAAAUUGUGGAUCGACGCGGACCUGUCUGACUGCUCUUCGUUGAGUGACGAUGAUGAUGAAGAGGAGGCAGUUAAGAAGAGUCCAGGACAAUCCACAUCAACAGACAGUGGUAAUGAAUCAGAUAAAUCUGAGGAUAAACAUUAAAUAUGAAUUACUAGCUCUAGGCUAUUACUUUUCAUCUGGACAUACUUGAGUUAAAGAUUAUUGGGACGCAGUGUAGUUACAUGUUAUAGAAAUAGUUUGAGAAUUAGUAGAUUCAAGGAUUGCCCCCUACUUGUUCAUUUCUAUGAACAAUCAGUUAACUGAUUUGUAAAUAGCAUGACACUUUAUUUCAUCAGGCAUUUGAGAUAACAUGUAAUAGGGUGUGGCCUCUAUAUCAUUGUGUAUGUUUUUCAUAAAUACUUGUAACCAGUAACAAUUUUAAUGUUUUUAUCAUCCUGUAAUAAUACAUUAAGAUAAUCUUGUAUUAACUAUGGGUGCAUAAGUUGCAUCUUAGAUUAGACAUGGAAUAAUAACAAUUAAUUGAUAACCAAAGCAAUUGAAACUAUGGCUAGAAAUUAACUCGUGGGUCCUCUCAAUGUGACAUUGUCAUUUACGUGUGUCGCGGGAAUAUAACCUUAUAUACUACAUAAUAAGGUUGUUUUUCCCUGACACGUGUAAUGUCACGCGUAAUGUCAUGUGGCUGUCGGGCUCGCCGGCAAGCCAAGAGAGGACACACGAGUUAAUAUACAUAGGUAAUUCAACUAUUUGGGUAUAAACAUGUAUAAGUAUUCUUAGAACAUUAUUGUAAUGAGGGCUUCAAGCUAUAAGGGUGUAUUUAUAAAAGUAGAGUAGUUUGCUCUAGAAGUAGCCUAUUUAAAAUUUGUUGGGGUUGUACAGGGCAGUGUGAAUGGGCACCUAUUUAAUGUCAUAUAUAUAAAGUGCACCCUCAAGGUGGACAGAUGAUCUAAUAAAAUUUGCAGUAGAUUGCUGGGUAUGGGUCGCUUACAGUAGGUCAAUCUGGAUAUCUUUGGGAGAGGCCCAUGUCCAGCAGUGGUCAUCUAGCGACUCAUGAUAACGAUUUAGUUUAAUGUAGGUAUGGGCCAAGAGCCCCUAAAGCUCAGGGGUCCUGGCUAAUAUGGCUGGGCCUCUGCCUUUGAUUAUUAUACAAUUACUAUUUUGUAGAUAAAAACCUAAAUAUACUAUAAAAUAUAUAUGCCUACUUCUAAUCUAAUAUUUUUUUUUUCAAAAAUAAUAUCUAAUAACAAUAUAUAAUAUAAAUUUAGAUGUUCUUACUAAUAUUUCAACUGCUCUGCUUUAUAAAAAAAAAUGUUUUCAAGCCCCCAAUAUGCUUCUAAUAGUUGUUUUAGAAUGCUUGGAUUAUAGAUGCUAUAUAGCACAUUAUAUUUUCCAACAAUUGGUAGAUUAAAAAAAAUAUAGUUAUAUUAUGCUCAUUUAACUGUUAAUAUCCACUCAUAACAUUAUUAAGGAGUGUCUAAACUAGGAAUAUCUAAAUACAGCAUUUUCACUUUUAAUCUAUUACAUAAUAUAUUUAAUAAAACCUUUUUAUAUGCAUGUAUCAAUUAUAAGUGAUCUUAAAUUCCUCUAGGAGUUAGGUGGGCUAUGUAAAAGAUAUGUCCAAACAAGUAGUUAUGAAUUUAUUCCUUCAUAUUCUUCAUGUUUUAAACAUAUUACAUGUUUAUUCAUAAUCCAUACCUAAUACAGGUAAUCAAUGCUAUAACAAUAUAGUUAUAAUAACAUAACUUAAAAUAACUUUUUUGAGGAAAACUUAUCUUUGUAAAAUCACUCAAAUUACAUGUAACAUUGACUUAUAAAUAAAUUAAUUGUGCAUUUUCAAAUUGUUUAGGUAAUAGUUACAGAAAUAGGUUUACCAAUUUGUCUUUUAUAAUAAUAUAUAGUUAAGAACAUUGGGUUGAAUAGACUACUUUGAAUAUAGUUAUAAAAUAAGAAAAUUACAUUAGUUGUGACUGGCAAGAAUGGUUUGGAAUUCUUAUCAUCAGUAGAAAACAGUUUAAAUUGCCACAAAGCCUUCAUUUGCUUUAUUAUACGCUUAAAAUAUGAAUAGAGGGAAUAACUUUUGCAAGUAAAUAAAAAAAAAAAUUUGAUAGUAUAGGCCAUUCUUGUUCAUGUUAUUGUUAAUUUAUAUUGAGAUUCACUUUUCGGAAAUAGUUUAGAAUAUUUUCUAUAUGGCUGUACUUUUGAACCUUGUCUAUGAAAUGCUGUUUUUUCACACUAUUACUAAUAAUAUAUAAUAUACAUGCACUAGCAUGCUUCCAAAUAAGAUUAUGGUUAGUUGUAACAUCUAUGGCUGAUUAUAAAGUCAUCCUAUCGCUAUUUUCAGGAUAGCUAAAAUAUAUAAAUCAGAAAAUGUAUCAUAGUUGAUUUGACAUUCUUACAGCUGACUUGUUUUGAUUCAUCCUUACUAGUGAUCCGUGGUUGGGAUCGAUUAUUAUUGUAAGCCAUUAGUUGUCUAAUGAAAGUUAAAAUUUAGAUGUUAGUUAAAUGUAACUUUUAAAUAAUACAGCAUUUAAUCUGUCACAUAUUUUAGAAAUUAAUUUCGCACGGGUGAACUUUAGCAUGCAUAGAUUGCUUCAAAAGAUGAUCUGAAAGGUAUCAAAAUUGCACCAAAAUUCAUGAAUUAUGCUAGUACUAUAAAAAUAUAUUAAAGCUUUGUUUCACAACUUACAAGACAGUUAAUGCUGAAUGCGCUCUUUUGUUUACUAUUCAUUUGGGAGUUUGACUUUUGUAUUAGGUCGCCCUACAUUCGACGAUUAGCAUUUCUCAGAUAUCAUGAAAAAUACUUUAUAUAAUAAUAUUUUAUGAGUUUUGAAUUUUGAGAAUUGAACUCAAUAUCUAAUUAGUUUUAACAGCACUAUUUAAUCGAAAUUAGACUUAAAAUCCACACACCAAAUCUGCCAUUAUGCCAACAGAGUCGAUGGCUUAGUGCCAGGGUCCUCCUUUGCUUCAGACCGAAAUUUCGGCGAGUUACUUUUAGGUCCUAACUGUGGUAGUAAAUUCAGGUCAAUGACUGACGUUAAAUUUGCAUCAAGUUUGAGUUAGGCGCCUCCCACUAAGGCUUGUAGAACGGCUCUCCCCAUAGUCCGUGGCGCCCCAGAAGCCCGUCCGAAUUCUGACCUUCCAGUCAUAGCGCCAGCCAUAUCAAUGACUAAUUGCUUAAGCGACGUUAAUUCCAAACCACCGAAAUCUAAUCGACGAACCGCCAUAUUCAAUAAACGAUCUCAAUCGCUUUUUUCGUUCCAUCGGUAAAAUUGACCAAUCAGAACAAUUUAUUUUGACAUGCUUAUUUUCGGGAAUUGGAUCGAAGAUUAAGAUUCAGAUCGUUUAUUGAAAACGGCUAUAACCUCCUGCCUGUUACUGCCGACGGCCUAUUGACCCGACGGCAGUCAGCUUGAGUCGCCAGGUCGACAUAUUUGGUGUGUGGAAUGCCCACACUCUUUAGAAUGUAAUUAAGUUAGACUGCACUUAUGCACUUCAUGUAAAGGUGAUUUUUACAUUGCGUUUAUAAAUGAAACCAUGUAGUCGUCAUUAUCUCUGCUAACAUUAUGCCAAAAAUCAUGAUUAUGGAAUAUUUACACACUUUUUUAUGGUUUUGUAGUUUACUGUGAAUAUGGCUUGUUGCAUGAGUGUAUUUCUGACUGAUAGUAUGAUGUCGCUGCAACGAAUUCUCUUAGAGGAGUAGUAGUGGCAUUAAGGCGCGUAAAAUUAAAAUAACUUUCAUUGAUAUUUAUUAUGUUCGAAACUUACACUUUUUUACAUCUACAGUACGAGUAACUUAUAAUUUUUUUUCCCAUUAGGAUAUGGUUUCAUUUACUAUCGCAAUGUCAAAAUGACCCUGUAUUAAAAUUUGGAAGUCUUAGUAAUAAUCCUCUCAAUUUGUCAAUUUGUAUUAGGGAUUUAUUGAAUAAGUUAGUAUAAUUUUAGUGAUAUAAGGAAAGACAUCCGCUCGCCGCGUCAAUUUAUAAUGUUAUAGAUUAUUGCAUUUUUCGAAAAUGUAAUCUAGGAUACUUUGAUAUAUUAAUAACUUUUUAAUAAUUAAUUAUAACUUAUGGAAUAGUAAUUACUUUGUAAUGUAAAAAAAUAGUGUAAUAUUGAUAGCUAUAAAUAUGGUGUUACUGCCCUAUUUAAUUCUUAGUUCAUUAAUAAAAUUACUCUGUAUGUAAUCACGUACGUCAAGUGAAAAAUAAAAUAAAUAGGAUUUACUUCAAACAAAUAAAAUAAAAUUACAAUUAAACUUAGUAUGUAUAGAGUAUAGAAAAUUUGGAGUUUUGAAUUUGUUCAACUAUUUAUGUAUGUGUCUAACUGUAUAGUUGUGCUCAAAUUAAUGUAUAUGUGGAUAAAGAUCAAUUGAAUGUGUAACGUAAUUAUAUGUAAUGUCUUGUUAAAGUAGACAUUCAUUUGGGGCUGACCCUACUUACCUAUUAGUCUAAGUGCUGAUAGACAUUUUUGGGGAGUUUUGAGCCAAUGUAAAACAUUGUUAAUUUUUUUUCUAUUUGUACCUAAAUACGAUAAAGCAGACGUGGUCAAAGGGUUAUAGGUCUUACUUUUGCGUAUAAUGUUUGAGGAAUUUUAAAAUUUUAAUAUCUUAGAUUUUAGUGAGAUUUAAAAAAUUAAAAAGCCACGCCCUUUAAUUGGGUUGCAAGCUUAGUCAUAUGAUUACUAUUUUUACUUAAAAAAAUCGAAAUGUUUUCAAUAAUGAUUUGUAUUACUUCAAACACCUUCCGAAAAUGUCUAUGGGCUCUAGCUAUAUGUUCAUUGUAGCCAUGGUCUAGUGGUAGUCUUUACGGCCCAGAUGUCCCUGGUCAGGCAACAUUUCGUUUAGGUUUAUAACAAUUUGCCCGGGCAGCCAGUCCCGGGACUGGCUUCUCGUAAAUCUAAGCCAGUUUUCUGAAUUAUGCAUGAUAUGUUGUGCCGAUCCCACGGUGCAUGGAGGCAAGGCGAAUGAAUUGGUAUUAUAAAAUAUGUAAAAUUUUAGGAGUAAUAAGAUUUCGUAGAUUGCGUCCCAUUUUUUUCUGAUUUCGAAUUAGUUAUGCCAAAAUGUACCCACUCGACAUUCACGUAAUUAAUCCAAAUGAGAUACUUCUGUUAUUGUUAUGUGGAACCAAUCUAUAAUUUAGUAAAACCCUGCAAAACAACCAUUUGUGAGGGCUGCGAGCGCCUAAAGCGUUCACCUAAAACGGUGUGUUUCUAUAAGUUGGCCCUUGAGAGGGUAACAGACGUAUAGGGUUAAAAAAAAGUAUGUAACAAACAACAAUUCACAAAGGUUUAAAAAGAACUCGUAUAUUUUGGUAUAACUCGGUCCAAUUAUUUGAACACUUUUAAAAUAGAUGACUGUACGAACAAUUUGCUUGUAAUUAAUACUUAUAGAUGUGUAUUGUAACUGUAUAUAAAUGAAAAAUGUUUUUGAAUAUUUAAUGUGCACUUAUAAUGAACAACACUCUUAUAAUAAUUGGUUUCUAAAUAGUUUUGAUUGUACUUAAUUGUAAUUUUUGUAAAUAAAUGUCUUAAGGCCCUUCCCUCAGCAAAACGGCGCGUUAACCGUAUUUUUAGAAACUAUUUGAAAUUUAUAAUCUUUUUGCAAUAUGUUUUCUUUACUUUUGUUGUUCAAUGUCAAUUGAUGUUGCCACUAAAAUUGUUGAUUUCGUAUUUCUCCUAAAGUAUACAUGAUUUUGACUUGCUACCAACACUUAAAUAAACAACGUUGUAAGAAAUUUUAAGUAAUUAUUCGUAAUCUGCAUAUCCCCGCCCGUAAUCCACGUUGCCACCUAGUAUAGAGCGAAUUGCCAAGACCGUUUGCUCGGGGAAGGCCUUAACUAAAAACUA